AUGCCCGCCAUCUCGGUCCUCUACAAAGGAGCCAUCAUAAUUAGCAGGACACUAAUGGGACCAUAUGGAAUGGACCGGAUUGUGCAUUGCAUUGACUUCUACGACUGCGCCAAUGGACUGGGUAUUAAGGUGAUUGGGGGUAUUAAAGAAUUCACAGGAGAGGAAUAUGGGGUUUAUGUCAAGAGAAUCUUACCCGGAGGUGUUGCUUAUGCUGACGGCCGCUUACAGCCAGGAGACCAGAUCUUGGAAGUGAAUGGUGAUAGUCUGAUCGGAGUUACAAGCGAGAGAGCUGUGGAUAUUCUCAGGACAGCUUCUGCCACCAGCCACAUGCGCCUUCUUAUUGCCCGAGAUGAUGAUGCCCGGAGAGAAUUCUCUGAGCUACUGGAAAAAUUUGGAUCUCAUAGCAACACCGGUUCUGCACGCAGUUCACCUGUUCUCCACGGUGGGGGCAGGUACUUGGAGAGCACAUCCUCAGGGUCUUCCUCUCGAUCCCAAAGUCCUUUGCUGCUGAGCCCGGCAAAUUCCCACGGGCCACUGAUCGGAAAUCCAGGACAUUCCCCACACCCAACCUCACACUGCUCCAUUGAAUCUGGGAUCCAGAGCAUCUCAAUCGCAAAAUCCGCUGGCUUGGGGCUGACCAUCGGCGGAGGGGCCAACAAGCCAGAUGGGCCCAUGGUUUACGUCCAGGAGCUGCAGCCAGAAGGUGACUGCUACAGGGAUGGGCGUCUCCGACCAGGUGACCAACUGAUUGCCAUCAAUAAAGACUCCUUGGUGGGUGCCACGCAUGAAGAGGCCAAAAGGAUACUUGCAAAAACAAAAUUCAGGCAUGAAGGAAACACUGAAGUGGCCUUUAUACCCGGGAGGGGACGGCUGCAUCCUGUACUCUCUGCUCACAACAGCAUCCAUUCCUCACCCACCAAGGCCAUGGGGAACGGCCUGGGCUCCUGCAGGCUCAAAGUCCACGUGAGGUCCCCCGAGAGCAGACACGAUGGUCCCUUUCCUGUGCCUUCACCGUCACCAGAUAUCUGCCCACCAGAGCUAACCAUUUCUGCUCCCACUUCGCCUUUGAACCAGCAAGCAGCUUCAGCCAGCAAACCCAGAGUAGCCCUGGACCCCCACGUCCGCCUCAAGGAUGGCAAACUUGAACUGAUGCUGCAGUAUCUCGGCCUCGAUGUGAGUGAGGAGAAGAAGCGGCAGCUACGGCAGAGUCUGACGACCGACUCACAGGGAACAGUGGCCUACGGAGACUUCCUCCAAGCACUCAGGGAUCUGCUGCCAGACGAGCUUGAGGAGGCCGGCCUCGAUUCCACUUCCAUACUCUUCACUCAGCACGAAGUGGCCACGUUACUAGACACAUCGGCUUUCCACUCUCUGACGUUCGACUCGGUCAGCUGCAAUGACAGCGAAGAACUGGAGCAGCUGCAGCUAGAAAUGACAGACCUGCGCCAAGAAGUCCGGAGGCUAAAGUCUCUUUUGAAGGAGGUGGAGAGCAACAAGAACUCCAUGGAAGACGAGCUCCAGAGAUUGAAUCAGAAGGCACUGGGCUUCCUCUCUGAGAACCGGUCUCUGCAUAACAAGCUCCAGGUAGCAGAGGUGUCCCAGCGGCAAGCGCACAGCGCGGAGCAAGACUACGAGGAAGUGAUCCAUUUGCUGGAGGCUGAAAUUGCUGAGCUGAAAACGCAGCUCGUCGGGAAGAAAAGCAAGCAAGCUUCAGAAGCAGAGAGUGACAUCCUAGAGUUGAAAAAGCACUUGUCCCUGGUUGAUGGCCAGUUGAGGAAAUCGGAGGUCACGCGGAAGCGGCUGGAGAUCUGCAACCGGAAACUGCUGCUGUUUGUGCAGAAUGCCCAUAAACUUCUGAGCACAUCCUGCACAUUAUCGGAUGAGAAGAGAGUCGACGUGCAAGCAGAGGAGGAUAAAACAGGGCUGGCCGCCGAAGCCUCUCUUCCCUCUUCCGAGCUUGCGGACUUGUUGAUAGCGGAGGCGCAAGAACUCUUGGAGCCCGCCAUGUUGUCUAACCCUGCAAAGGACGCUGUACUGUAUGAUGACUGCCCAGCUAGUGACGGAACCCCAGACUACAAGGACCAUCUCCACCAGAAGACAACAUGGCCCCCUCCUCUGAGUCAAAGCAAAGACGACGAUUCACAACCGCCAAGCAUACCCAAGGAUCCUUCCGAAAAGCCUGCUUAACUCUUCCACAGAAGCCUGCAGAACUCUCCUGCCUCUGAACCUUUAUCUGAAAACCUGGACACUCUGCUCUGGAGACAGAAAAGGACAGAACCACCCCUGCCCCCUGCCCCCACAUUUUGUUCUUAAGAAGACUGAAACUCCUGCCUGAACCCAAACCCCAAGACUUAAGCAAGCAAACCCAUCCUCUGGAGGGCUACCUCUUCUGAUCACAAUACAAGGCUGUUUUCUCCCGGUUUUGUGGCUUCACAAAAAUGUUGGGGAAGCUGUUGCCAUUGGACAACUGAAUUUCCCAGGCAGGACCUACAGAACUUUAUGCUGCAGUUAGAGGAAACAACCUAGGCACCCAGAGGACCUUGGCAUUUCUUAUGAAAACCAAAGUACAUUUUCCAGAUCAUGGGCUAUUUGCAGCUCAUUCCAUACUAGCUCUCCAUAACUGACUUGGAUCAGACUUGGAAAAGGAUCUCCUCCAAUACAGAUACGUCUCUCUCCCUUUCUCCGUUUCUGAUGUGAAAGGCUUGUUCAGUUCCAGCCGCAUGGCUUGACUAACAAGACAACUGGAUGGUGGUCUGGAGAAAGCCCCUGAAACUAGAUGUACCAUAUCACUAAAGUAACAUUGGUCACCAAAUGCUGUAUUAAGGCUGAGAAAGAUUUCCCAGACAACCUAUCUCCAUAGCAACUCAGUGUGUAAAAAAAAAAAAGGAAAAUAAUAAUAAUAAUAAUUAGGCAUUGAUUUUAUGUGGCUAGCGAGUAAUCAGGUAGAGAACCGAUGUCAGCACACCGUUCUGGCAAAUAAAAUGAAGAUACGAGAGGAGAGCUGGUCUUGAGAGGAGAGCUGGUCUUGUGGUAGCAAGCAUGACUUGUCCCCAUAGCUAAGCAGGGUCUGCCCUGGUUGCAUCUGAAUGGGAGACUUGAUGUAUGAG